UGUCACGUGAUCAUAAUAACUCGAAUUUCCACAUUUUUUACCCGCGAAACCCCGUCUCUUUGCAGCAGCGUAUUUCCUGAUUUUUUUUUCUGAUCAAGAUUUUUUUAGUAAGUUUGUUGUUUGUUUUUUUCACGACACAAUGUUCUGCGAAAAAGCGAUGGAGUUAAUCCGAGAACUUCAGCGUAUGAAUGAUGGACAGCUGCCCGCUUUCAAUGAGGACGGACUGCGCCAGGUGUUACAGGAAAUGGAGGCCCUGUACGAACAGAACCAGACUGACGUUCAACAGGCCAAGUCUGAGGGACGAACUGAACUCAUUCCUUCUAUUAAACUGCGUCACUGCUGCUUGCUGAGGAACCAGCGCUGCACAACUGCCUACCUGUACGAUCGGCUGUUGCGGAUCAGAGCUCUGAGGUGGGAGUAUGGCAGUGUGCUUCCUGCUAAUGUGCGCUUCCACAUGUGUGCAGAGGAGCUGCAGUGGUUCAAUCAGUAUAAAAAGUCUCUGGCCUCCUUCAUGAGGUCUGUGGGCGGAGAUGAAGGUCUUGACAUCACUCAGGACAUGAAGCCUCCAAAGAGUCUCUACAUCGAGGUGCGGUGUUUAAAAGACCACGGGGAGUUUGAGAUCGAUGAUGGGACGGUGAUUCUGCUAAAGAAGAACAGUCAGCACUUCCUGCCUCGGUGGAAAUGUGAGCAGCUGAUUCGUCAGGGCGUCCUGGAGCAUGUCCUGUCUUGAGACGGGGAGAAACUAGUGAGCUGUACGGAUGACACCGUUAGUGAGAUAUCUGUUUUUCUAAAUAAAAUUACAGUAAAAUAGUUUAUUUGUCUUUGUGGAUUCACAUGAUAUAAACAGGAAGUACUUGACAGAAAUAAAAUACUGAAUACUGAAUA